AUGGCACAGUCGAAGAUAGGCAUUAUAGGAGAUGAGGAAUUUGCCUUGAGAUUGUAUGUCACAGAAAAGGAAGACUCUUUUAUUCUUGAUAAAGAUUCUUUUGCGAAUGCUCUUGCAAACAUUUUUGAAGGCGAUAUAAGGCAUUGUGAUGGUAAAACAAAUUUGCGAGCAUUGAAACAAAUGAUAGGAACAUGGGAGAUAGAUGGAGAUGCUAUCAAAGAAAUUAAAGAUAGCUAUCACCAACUUGGAGUAUGUUUUUCUUAUUUUACCUUUGAUCAAAACCAACUUCAUACUGAAGGUGCAAAACAAUUUGACAGUUGUAAGAAACAUACAUGGAAAAUCAAUGGGUGCAAUAUUCAAAUACCUUGCAUUAGUGUUCAUAAAUGUCCAGUAUUUACUGAGGGGCUUAUUGUGCAAAAGUCAUCUUCUGGCUAUCGUGCACGUUACAUAUGCUUACAAUGUAUUCAGCAGGAAGGUGAUCAUUUGUAUGAAAAACCAGGCAUCGGUGGAAAAAUUUUAUCAUUAGCAGAGUCAGAUGAUCAAAUUUUGCAAGAGAGACUUCUUUCAUUAGUAACUCUAGCAUUAACUAUUUUCAAUAAUGAACUAACGAGUAAAAACUUAACCUCAACAGAAAAAGAGCCAGAAAAAUUGCCAAGCAAGUUACUUGUUCUAACGGCAUUGAAAAUGAGAAAAGUUAGAUUAAAUCUAUUAAUGAAAGAAAAGUUUCAAAUAAAAAAUCUUAAAGAGGCUUCAAUAGUAGGAGAAAAUUUAGGGAAAAAUGUUUUGUCUUCGUAUUCUAAAAUUCAGGAAAAUAUCAGCCAGUUAGAGAACCUGAGUUCUUAUGAAGACUACUUCAAUGCAUUGCCUAAAACAAUUUGUAGCUUUUUUCAAGCUCUCAUCACUGUGCUUCAACAACAGAAACAAAAAAUGAUUAAUAAGAAAAGAAAUCAAUAUUUACUUUGGUCCCUGGCUUCAAAAUUAUGGGAUGCCUUUAAUCAUCCUGAUCCCAAAACACAUCCUUUAUUUAAAGGUGUUCCAGAACUUAAUGAAGAAGGUUUUGAGAAUAUUCUUUCCUUUUAUGAGAUUGGCAAAUCAUGCUUACAAAAAAUAUUUGAUCAGGAUGUAUACAUAAUUGAGCCAUGGUCAACUAAUAAAUGUUAUAUGUGUAAUAUAAAUUCUUAUACCUAUACACAACUUAAGGAUAAAAAGGAUAAAGAGAAAAAAACAAAUAAUCGAGUAGACAGCCUCCCACAAGCAUCAAUUAUUCAAGAAAAAGCAAAGAAAGCAAUACUCGACCAAUUAUUUGAAUCCGAAGAGCUGUCUGAAGCAACAAUUUCAAAUGUGUUGUUGCAACUUAAUGCUGUCUCUUCUGACUGGACGAACAAGAGAGUCAAAAUAUUUUGGAAGAAUAACUG